AUGGAAGGGAUUGAUUUUGAAGCGUUGCAACACAUGGCUCGACCAGAGAUAUUUGAUUUUGAGGGCAUCACAAUGAUCCCACCCUUCACAGACAACUGGGAAAAUGUUCAAAACUUCCAGGCAAGACCAGAUGACAUCCUCAUUGCUACUUACCCAAAAGCAGGGACCACCUGGGCAUCUUAUAUCCUUGACCUGCUCUACUUUGGUAAUAGAGCACCAGAACGUCAGACCUCAUUGCCCAUUUACAUGAGAGUGCCAUUUCUUGAGAUGUGUUUUCCUGGGUUUCCAGCAGGUGUUGAUCUAGCAAAUAAUUUGACCACUAGACCACGGCUCAUUAAAACUCAUCUACCUGUUCAGUUGGUGCCCAAGUCCUUCUGGGAACAGAACUGCAGGGUUGUCUAUGUAGCUCGCAACGCCAAGGACAAUGCUGUGUCUUACUUCCACUUUGAGCGCAUGAACAGGGGACAACCUGAUCCGGGAGACUGGAACACUUACUUACAGAACUUCAUGGAUGGAAAGAAGGUGUUUGGACCGUGGUAUGACCAUGUUAAUGGUUACUGGGAGAAAAAACAGACAUACUCGAACCUUCACUACAUGUUCUUUGAAGAUAUGGUAGAGGACACAGGGCGUGAGGUUGAGCAUCUGUGCUCCUUCCUUGGUUUAUCUACACCAAAGGAAGAGAGGGAACAAGUUACAAAAAACAGUCAUUUUGAUGCCAUGAAGCAAAACAAGAUGACCAACUACUCAACAAUUCCGGUCAUGGACUUCAAUGUUUCACCAUUCAUGCGCAAAGGUAAAGUCGGAGACUGGAAGAAUCACUUCACUGUGGCUCAAAAUGAUCAAUUCGAUGAACACUACAAGCAGAGGAUGAAGAACGCUACAGUACAGUUCAGAACUGAGAUUUAGGGUGUUAUGAUUUGUUGGUUAAUUUUGUUUCAUUUCAAUUGUUUGAAAUAUCACAUAUGUAAACAAAAAUAGAAAGACUGGGAAACUGUAUUUUAGGUAAAAAUGUUCUUUUUUUUGUAACGUAAAACUGUGUUCAACUGCCUUUACAAAUGUGAUCUGCAUGGAAGAGUCGUCGAAAAGGAAUCUUAACAGCUACCUCACUGAAAAAGCUAUGAAGUAUGUAUGAAAUAUUACACCAGGGGCAUUUUAGAAACACGUUUUAGAGGUAAGCAAGCUGCAACAUUAAAAAUAAGAGAAAAAUUAAUU